GUUCAUUUAUGUUCCUUGUCCUCAUACUAGUGAAGUUCUUGCUAAUGUUUUGUAUGAGUCCUUAUGUGAUUGGAAUAUCGAUUGGAAGGUAUCGACAAUAACGGUUGAUAACUGCACAACAAAUGAUGUGUUGAUUCACCUAUUACUAGACAAGCUAUCUUUAAGUGAUCUUAUUUUGGGGGGGCGGUUAUUUCAGAUGCGUUGUUGUGCUCACAUUCUAAAUCUAAUUGUCCAAGAUGGGUUGUCAAUUAUUGCUGAUGGGAUAGAGAGAAUUAGGGAUAGUGUUAGUUAUUGGACAGCAACACCAAAGCGUUAUGAAAAGUUUGAAGCUGCAGCUCAUCAUUUGGUAAUUCCAUCUUCAAAAAAAAUUAUCCCUUGUUUGCAAAACCCGUUGGAAUUCAACAUACCUUAUGUUGAAUGUUGCUGUUAUCUACAAGGAUGUUUUCAAACGUCUUAAACAACGAGACUCUCAAUAUAACAGCUUGCCAUCAGAGAAAGAUUGGGAGUUGGCCUCUAAUAUUUGUCAAAAGUUGAAGGUAUUUCAUCAUGUAACUGAUUUGUUUUCAGGAACAAAAUAUCCCACGGCAAAUAAAUUUUUCAAAUCAGUGUAUGAAAUAAAAUUUGCAUUGAACAAGUGGAGUCAAGAUAAUGAGAAAGUGAUACAGGACAUGGCCAAGAAGAUGAUUACGAAAUAUGAUAAAUAUUGGUCAAUUAUUCAUUGGUUUAUGGGAGUGGCAGCCAUUUUAGAUCCUCGUUACAAGUUGAGCAUUAUGAAGCAUUCAUUUCCAAAACUUUACGGUUCCGAAAAAGUUGCAAGUGCUGAAAUUGAGAAGCAUAGAACAUUUACUUAUGAAUUGUUUGAAGACUAUAAAAGAAAAGGUUACGAGAAUGCAAGGAACCAUGGUUAUGAUGGGUCAACUUCAAAUAAGGAUAAGAGUGAAAGUGGAUUGUUUGAUGACUAUUCAUUAUUUGUCGCCGAGGAGAAUACUUCAGGAGGUAUCAUAUUAGAGCUUGACCAUUACCUUCAAGAGAAAGUUUGUCCGCCAGACAUCGAACUUGAUAUACUAGCUUGGUGGAAAACAAAUGGCUUAAAGUACCCUAUACUCCAAAAGAUAGCCCGAGAUGUAUUGGCAAUCCCCAUAACAACCGUUUCCUUAGAGUCUUCUUUUAGCACAAGUGGUAGAUUGGUAAGUCCUCAUCGUAGCCGUCUUCAUCCAAGUACCUUGGAAGCGUUAAUGUGUGCUCAAAGUUGGUUAUUAAAUGAAAUAAGAGCAACUUGUUUAAAAGAAAGCGGAGCUUCUUGUCAAACAAUUGGGUAUGAUUAUGAUUAUGGUGAUGAGAUGAGGUAAAUAUUCAUUUUAUGUUCCGAAUUUUGUCAUAUUUAUUUAUGUCAAACAGUUGAAGUUUAUGAUCAAAAGAUGUAAAUAUAUUGUAGGAAAAAUGUAAGUUUGUUGUUAUUAUUUAGUUGUAGGAAAAAUGUGAAUUGAAGCUUAU